GUCGGGAAAACAGUCCAGUAGCGAACGUGACCGCACCAAGGGGUGUCUCUUUCCGGGGGUCCACACAAUUUCGGUUCAGGACAAAAAGAAAUAGUAAGAUAGUUACCACCGUUACCGUCUCCGCCUACUUCGACACCUCUUCGGAGAAGAGGUUGCUUUUACUGCUGCUGCUGCACUUAUUUGGAGCAUAGGUAUCUAGAUUGAGGCGUAUCGAGGGGAUAAUGGAGCGUGUGGGCGAAUUGAAUUGAAAAUGCGUUAGUACGAAGCUUCUGGCUGUUGUGACAAACGAGUGUCAGAGGGUGGGAGUGAUUAAAAAGGAAAUUGGAAAAAGCUUACUGUGACGUGCGGGGAAGGAUCCGUGUGCAAUCGUGAAUUUUUCUCAAUCGAAAACGCGACACUGGGUGCAUCUCAUGUCCUUUCAAGAGGAAGCACGGAGAAGAAACAAAUAGAGCGGCUAGAGGGCAGUGCGGUCGCCUGAAGGGGGCAAGACGACGAAAGCUAAGGAAAGGAAAUUGUUGGGGGAAGGAUUGUGUGAAAAUUUGGUAACUGGGAUUUGUGUCUUUCCUUGGGACGAGCAUGUGGUGUGAUCUAGUGUGCUAUGGAAGCGUGAAAAUGGAUCUGUGAGAAAUUGCGGUGCAAAGCUUAUCUUUCGGGGGUCAUUCAGAUUCAGUGUGUGAAUAUGCAAUUGUGAUCGACGUUUUGGAUAAAGCAGCAAUUAUAAGUGUUGUGAAGUUUAAAACCCACGAAUCGACCAGGAAGGUUCUUACAUCAUCGGAUAACCCCCCUCUGAGUAAGGCUCGUAAUCUUCUCGGACCCGGAAGAGUAGCACCCGUAGGCAGCCCGGCAAUGAGGCGAACACGACGCGGACGCUACUGGCACAUGGGAAUCGUUUUCCUAAUAUAUUCCAGUUUUCACGCAUACUCCGCUACGAUUGGUAACACUGCAACGACCAAUGCUGACUUCGAUGAGCUGUCGGAAUCGGAAAUUCCGGCGUCGAACGAAUCGCCGCUGUUCUACUCUACGAGCACCGUGGAACCCGGCGAGGAUGAAGAGGGUACCACCGAGAGCGCAACGAAGGCCACAUUUACGCACCAUGGCCAUCCGACAUGGCGACCGCGGAGGGAGAACUGCACUCCUCCUGCAAUAGAGCAGUUCCCACGGCCUCUGAUGGGGCCAAGCGUGCGGAGACAUGGUGGAUUGGUUCUCCACGUGCUAGUGGCCGUAUUUACCUUUCUGGGAUUGGCCAUCGUUUGCGAUGACUACUUCGUUUCCAGCUUAGAUAGGAUCUGUGAAGAAUUGAAACUGUCGCCAGAUGUGGCUGGUGCUACAUUCAUGGCAGCGGGCAGCUCGGCGCCAGAGCUGGCAACCGUUGUGAUAGGUGUAUUCUUCGCAAAGGACGACAUCGGUAUCAGCGGUGUCAUCGGUUCAGCUGUGUUCAACAUCAUGUUCGUGAUUUCGGUGUGCGCAUUAUGUUCCGGAACUGUGCUGCAGCUGAAUUGGUGGCCUCUAGUGCGAGAUUGUGCCUUCUACUCGAUCUCGAUCCUGGUGAUGCUGAUAGUGAUCUUCAACGAUGUCAUCUCUUGGGUGGAAGCACUUAUUAUGAUGCUGUUCUACGUCGUCUACUGUAUUGUGCUGAAUUUCAACAGCCCGUUGGAAAAGUGGGCUCAUACUUUGAAUCUUCCUAUUAAGCUUCCAACUAAAGAGGAACAAUCUGCUCUGGUAACCUACAAAAACCUUCCAGAUACGACUUACACUCAAGGUCAGCAGGCGGGUGCUGUUGUUGAACAGCAAGAACAACCACCUCCACCGCAACCGCAACCUGUGGCCGACCAAGGCUACAUGGACCCUAACGCUAGCUGGGAUCCAAAUGCUGCGUGGGGAGAAGGUGGUGCUGCCGCUCCUCCUGCUAACAACUAUUCAACAAAUGCCUACGACCCAAAUGCAGCGUGGAGUGGUCAACAGAACUACGGAUACGAUGACCAGUACGGACAGGACCCGACGAAUGCUCCUCAGCAAGCUGCUCAACCAGUGGCACAAACAACGACCGUCACCACCGGAGCUAUUCAACCGACUGCCGAUGAUUACUACAAACCGAAGGAACCUCGGCCACAAGAAUCGCACAAUCCACUGGAGAAACCAACCGAAGGAGGUCCGCUUAAGCUGGUCGCUUGGUACAUUGUGUAUCCGAUUCACUACACGGCACGUAAAACGAUGCCCGACUGCAAAACGGAGAAGUAUAAAAAUUGGUACCCUUUCACCUUCCUCGUGUCCAUGAUCUGGAUUUCAUUCUACUCAUACUUCAUGGUGUGGAUGAUAACGAUUAUCGGCUCGACCCUCGGCAUCCCUGAUACCGUCAUGGGACUAACGUUCGUAGCAGCCGGUGUUUCCGUCCCGGACGCCCUUAGUUCCAUCGCGGUCAUCAAGGAAGGUUACGGCGACAUGGCCGUCUCCAAUGCCGUCGGUUCCAACGUGUUCGACAUUCUCAUCUGCCUCGGUUUGCCCUGGUUCAUUCAGACGGCCAUCAUCAAACCGGGCUCGCAUGUCAAUGUCAUCAGCAAGGGCCUGACCUACUCGACGUUGUCGUUAUUGUCCACCGUGGUUUUCCUGCUAGUCGCGACCCACAUGAACGGCUGGAAGCUGGACAAACGGCUCGGUAUCGUCUUGAUGAUAUGGUACCUUAUCUUUAUCACCAUUGCCUCGCUGUACGAGCUCAACUACUUCGGCCAGCUGAACCCACCGGAGUGUUUCAGCCUCUACUAAACGCCGGACGUGUGUGGUUCCAGCCGUCAUCUGUCAAUUCACCAUCACCCUCUCUCUGUCUCUUUCCCAUGCACUCUCAAGACUCGCACACACCUAAGCUCACAGACUUUUCUUUACUUCGAGUAACGCAUACCAAUUAAUCUAAGCCGUAUCCCAGUGUUUCCUGUUCUGUUUUCUAGGCUAAGCAAAAAUGUCAAUCCGGGUGCGUCAAACUAUCCGUCUCCCUCUUAUAUGUCUCUGUCUGUCUGAGUCUGUGUAUGUGAGCAAACGCGGAUGUCACAAAAUCACGACGAACGGUACGUCUUAAAAUCAACCUCUGUCUCUCUCUGUUUGUCACUUAACCAUGCACUCACUGAAUUGUGUAUUCUCUUGAACAAACACCAACUGUAUUGACCAGCACCCUACCGGAUGAAUUGCGCUAGCCAAUAGCCACCGGGUACCGGUUAUUGUUCCGUUCCAACUUUACCGAAUGCUUCCUUGAUUACUUCUGUUAUUGUUCCAAUUUUUUAUUGUUUAUGUUCUCAUUACUGUUCUAAUGAUUGUAGCUCAAAUUUAACCAAACACGCCUGUAGUUGAAAUCUCUUUUUCUAUAAACUUAAUUAUUUCGUCGUAGACCGUAAUAGAAUAGCGUUAGUUUUUAUUUUAAUAACGCCUGAUUCGCUUGCGCCAGUCUUUCAAACUCGAUGAUUGGUGCUAACGGUCAGUGCAAAAUGUGUUCUAGAAGUUUAGUUUUCGUUAACUUUUUUUUUCUCAUAGAGGAACGCACUCUGGUGUAACGUCCCACACAAAUGUCACCAAUUGUAACUGCGUAACCUGUAAAUACACACCGUGUAAUGGACGACAGAUGAGAGUAAGCAAAGCAAAACUAAUGUGAAUACCGAAAAUCGAAAUAAUUGGCUCUGCAAAAUGUAAAACAUUGUACAAUACCUAUAAACAAAAAAACAACAGUAAGAUUCUAGUCUUGUUUGAGCCAACUCUCUGUCGUCGUGUUGAAUACUAUAUUUAGCUUACAUCUACUAGUUGCUAGUACCAAUAAUCGAGUAAGUAUACAUAUUACUAUGAACAAAGAAAUGCAAACAAACAGUAUGCUUCUCACUGAUUAGUCUGAAACUUUGUUGAAACUGACAAUAUUUCUUCGGGUAGGUUUGAGUUUACCUCUGAUGUUAGCAAAGUACGAGUUAUCUCCUCAUAUUGUUGAAAACUAUCUCCAAGUUAAAACCCUACCUAAGUGCAUGUUUAGCCCUAAUAAGAUAAGACUUAUGUUAUUACAAUUCGUUGCUUAUUGUUUGACUAAACUGAUAUAGAACAAAAUUAGACGUAAGUCCAAAUGAAAUUCAACCCAGAACAGCGAAUAUUGAACAAAACAUUAAGAAUGGCAGAAGAAGUUUACAUAAGAAAUAUUUAAAUAUAUAGAUAUAUUUACCAAAGAAGAUUAUCAAACGGCAUAGCAAGUAUAUCGUUAAGUGAAACCAACCUUACCCUAUUUAGAACGUUAUCGAUUGAUGAAAACUCCACAAACGAAACUUAUUUACUGUACUCAAAUCUAAACAAACUCAAAAUAAUCUUUUGGUCAAUCGUGCUGAAUGUCAACAAUGUUAUAUUUACACUAAAAUUCACCAUCACUGACGGUAAAACACUGUCACCUUAAACCAAACUACGUAUUUCGAUUAAACCACGAGAGUAACUGUCAACUGUUAGCUGUCACAACACCCCGACCCCAAAUCCAACGUUUGUUAUGAUUUCCUUCGCUUCCCCUCUGAUCUUCCGACGACGACGCGGCCGAGUGUUGUCACUGCUGUCAAAAACGAACACGUGGUUGGCCUACUUGGAUGCAUAUCAUGCCACGUGCGACUCCGAUGGCUGCGUUCUGAUGGAACAGAUUUUACCGAAACCAAAAAUCGAUAAGCAACCAACAUGGAUUAUAGAUUUCUACGGAACUUUGUUUGAUAAAAUAAUGAUAUUGCGAUUGAUUUUCAUGACCGGUAUCGUAUCAUCUAGUCACAUUCCCGACAUAGCGGAUUAUAUUAACAUUUAAGACUGUAAAUAGCAAGCAAAAAUCCUGAUGAACCGAAUCUAGAACGGGAGCUGAUAAGAUACCAUUGCAACAGAAACUGCACGUAACGAUGAUUUAUACGAUUAAUGCAGAAAUUGUCACCGCCACAGUUAAAUAGAGAUAUUACACACACACCUUCAUUCGGAUUAAAGUUUGCAUUGCUGUGGCACCGAUACAGAAAGCACUCAUACACAUACUUGAGAACCUAAAUUACCAAAAACCCUCUGACAAUAGAUGUUUACAAAACAUACAAUCUACUUCCUUCUCAACUAGCUUGAUAAAAAUUAUCGGUUAACUAUCAUAGGGUUUGACCAUUCGAAAGGCAACGUUUCAAUUGUUCCCUGUAGAGGAAGUAAAACAAAAGAGAAGUGUGCUCAUACAACACCCAACACUUAAUAUUAGUGACAAGAGCGCAAACCGAAUUCCUCUAAACUAGCAGCCAAAACGCAGAAAGAUAUUGUCAAUUUCGAGUUUUCUAAAAACCCCGAACAUACCCGCAGAGCAAACGCAAAGGCACUAAUGCAAAAACAAACCCAUUCAGCCAAAACUGCAAAGAAAAUGUAAACAAAAACUGUAACAUCGGCGACAGCCUUAAGUCGUGAACCAGAACGGUGAGGUUAAGUGUUAUUUUUCGUUUUAUGUAGUGUUAACUAAAUGAGUCAUAGUAAGUCUACGCGAUAUAUAACUACAUUAAUCUGUCACCAGUGUACCCUUUUGCGAAAGGAAAUAGAAGAGUACCACAAUCAAUACUAGAGAAUGGGAAAAAAUAUAAGCAUAGAUAUUACAAUUGCACAAGAAAUGAAGGGUGAACAAAAGAAACCGAAACACUCCAGCGCUAGAAACAAAACUAUAUUGAAUCGCAGAAGAACGGAAGAACACUAAUCAAGCUUCACUAUACGUGUUUGUGAAAAUUCAUCAAAUUAAGUAACUGAAAUGAGAUUGGAAAACGAAGAGAGUACCAAAUUUAAACUUGCUAUUAUCCAAAACAACAAUAGAAAUGUUCACAGAUUGCCCUUCAACAGACUUAAAAACACACAUACAAAAACCCAGAAGAAGAAAAAAUCUCGGAACAAGGUCACACAUACACACAAGAACAUUACACAAACACUGAAUACCAAAAAUUCCAGUCAAAUGAAAUCCCAUGCAACCAAACAGCCACAAUGAAUACCGAAGAAAAAAAAUCAAGAGAACAAAAACAAAAAAAUGCUCAUACCAUGAGAUGUUAAUUGUUGAGAAGUUAAAUAAAAAUGUAUUGAAAAUCUA